AAAAACAAAUAGCAACAUUGAUAUAAAAAUAAUCUUUUUUUCUAAAUAACGAUGUUAAUAUACGAUUUUGUAUGUGGUGAUCUGCAGAAGCGAAUGCUAGCACCUGCAGUGCAACGGUUCAUUGGGUUAUUGAUAUCGGGAGAUCCGAACUUUCGCGCAUGUAAGCUCUUUCACACCUGUCUACACCUCGUGAUGCUCUACAAAGUCUUCCAAGUGACUACAAGACAGAUCGUGGACGAAGUAUCGUUUUAUCAAUGGGCGGAAGUCUCGCCAUUACAUCACUAUCAAACCACAUGUCUUGCAUUCGGUGCAUUGUUUUGUUUUAGCACUCACUGUUUGGCAAUCGUAGGCCUUCCAGGAUUCAAGUUGGACCUCCUCUAUCACGAAUGUUGGUUUGCGGUCAUUUUUGCCAAGGUUGUGUACUACACAUGCGCAAUAGUUUACGAUGCUGUCAACGCCACCUGGGAGCUGCUCCUUCUCAGCUGGGCUCUCCUGUUGCUGACGCCCGAGGCGUUUGCCCAUUUCCUUUCAUUGGUCUAUCUUAACUCAAAGAUAUUAGAAUUACAUUUUUAACUAAUAAUUUCAUUAAAUAAUAACCUGCAAUGGACUAGAUCCGAGUCGUUCCGGUCUUUUUCACGACAGUUUUCAUAGUACCUCAUAUCGACUUAUUACGACUAGAUUGAUUUUUCAGGUGACGAUUAAACAUCACAAAGUCGUGGAAAGUGGUGUCGAUUUGUACCGUGGAACGAUUUUUUUUUGCUUAAUUCAGUAUAUUUAGACUAGUAUACAAUUGUACAGCAGCGAAAAAGUCAAUUAUUCUAUAAAUAAAAAUCUCACAAAUGAUCUCUGAAAAAAAUUCUCGGUCUUACUCAGUCCCAAUGAAAGUGCUUCCGGGUAUCGGGGUU